AGUAGAUUACAACAAUCUUAUUUUCCUAAUAAAUAUAUAUUCCAAUUAUACUCAAAAUCAAUUAAAAAAUAAAAGAACAGCAUAAACAUUUGGCUAUAUAUAUAUAUAUCAUGCAUAAAUAUUAGACAAUUUCAUCACAAGCAAUUUUCACAACCAUGGCCAAAAGUCUCGAAAACCUCACCACUCUUCUCCUCAUAACACUAACUAUUUUCUCAUUCAUUAGCCUUAGCACCGCACAUGACUACUCUUUCUCAAAAGACCUAUCAGCCGAGAAGGAAUUAAAUCAUAAAAAACAGAAACUAACACACCUUCACUUUUAUUUCCACGAUGUUGUGAGCGGCCCAAACGCCACGGCGUUAAGGGUCGCUCAGGCAGCAACGACGAACGUUUCUGCGGUGAGUUUCGGGUACGUGGCGGUGUUAGACGACCCUCUUACGGUGGGGCCGGAACCAAGCUCUAAGAAGAUAGGAAGUGCUCAAGGGAUGUACAUCUCCACUUCUCAGAGCGAUCUUCAGCUUCAAUUGGUUGUGAAUUAUGUAUUCACUGAAGGGAUUUACAACGGUAGCACUCUUAGCAUAUUGGGACACAACGCCAUACUCACCCCAUUAAGAGAGUUGCCUAUUGUUGGUGGAACUGGAGUUUUUAGGUUCGCAACGGGUUAUGCUCAUCUCACAACUUAUAUGUUUAAUCUCACUAGUCUUGAUGCUAUUGUUGAGUACAAUGUCUAUGUUUUGCAUUACUAGAUCUAGGUAAUAUAUAUGUCGUUUAUAUUUUGAUAUUUUUCGACUAAUUAUGUGUACCUCUAAUGUGUUACAUAAUUUAGUAAUAAUAAUGUUACUUUUUAUUUUGAAACAAUAAUAAUAUAUAUAGAUAAAUAAUAUAAAUAAAA